AUAAAUUUUUUUUCUUAUCUGAUUUUCUAUCUUAAACAGAGAUAUUACGAGAUCUCAACUUGUGUACAAUGCGGAAAACUGGGCCCAGGUCGCGCGAACAUUUUUCGUUUCGUCUCUCGCAGGUAUUUUAUCGUCAGGCUUCCGGCGGGCGUAGAGGAAAGCUAUUAUCUCUUCGCUUGUCGCGCGCGUAACUGAUACUGAUCUAAUGUACGUUUCUCAUCAAGUCCACGUACGUAUACGUCGGAUGUCGUCCGCAUACCUGACGUUUGGAUUGAUUCGAACGAGUAUCUGCCGCGCGUACAAUGAGCAGGCUCGUUCGCACGUUCGCGUCUCUCCUCUCUCGUCGCCGCAUCGCGCCGUUCGCAAUUGUAUCGUGUUGGUCCGGACUCGUUCCACACGCCAUACGUUGAUCGGACCCAACAGCGAAGUUGUAAAAUUCCGCGAUAGUACGAGACGCCCGCCAGUCGCGCGGUAUUCAUUGUGUUCGCUCGAACCCGCUCGUAGGAUCGGUUACAUAAUCAUAUUUUUUUUCUUUUUUUUUCUUUUUUUUCCACAACGGUGCGCGCAACGCUUAUCGUCGCGGUGUAGUGCCCCAGCUCUCGAACGCGACCCCGGCAACCAUAUAUAUUAUCCAGCAGUGGUAAGGAUUAAAUUGCUCUGAAGAUGGGGGCGAUGUUCAGAAGCGAGGAGAUGGCUCUUUGCCAGUUGUUCAUUCAACCAGAGACAGCUUACCUUUCCGUAUCCGAACUUGGAGAAACCGGUACGGUGCAAUUUCGUGAUCUGAAUAGCGACUUGAAUUACUUUCAACGGAAGUUCGUCAACGAGGUCCGACGAUGCGACGAACUGGAACGCAAGCUACGAUAUAUCGAGGCGGAGGUCAAGAAAGACGGUGUACCGAUCCCGGAUAAUCUUAAGGAACUACCACGUGCACCCAACCCACGUGCAAUUAUCGAUCUCGAGGCGCAUCUCGAGAAAACGGAGAACGACAUACUAGAGCUGAGCCAGAAUGCGGUGAACCUGAAGAGCAACUAUCUCGAGCUGACGGAAUUACAGCACGUGCUCGAGAAGACGCAAGCGUUCUUCACGGAGGAAGAGGCCAAUGAUUCGAUCACCAAGGCGCUCAUCAACGAGGAAGCACCAAAUCCCGUCGUUACGACUCCCGGACGUCUGGAAUUCGUCGGUGGGGUAAUAAAUCGCGAACGAGUCCCAGCCUUUGAGAGAAUGCUUUGGCGUAUAUCACGUGGAAACGUUUUUCUUCGGCAAACCGAACUUGAGAAACCACUGGAAGAUCCGUCUACGGGCAACAAAAUCUAUAAAACGGCUUUUGUGGCAUUUUUUCAAGGGGAACAAUUGAAGAGCCGUAUUAAAAAAGUCUGCACUGGCUUCCAUGCCUCGCUCUAUCCGUGUCCGACCAGCCAUGCGGAACGUCAAGAGAUGCUGAAAGGUGUGCGGACACGGCUAGAAGAUCUUAAAAUGGUACUAAAUCAAACUCAAGAUCACCGCCAACGAGUUCUACAUAACGUAGCGAAAGAAUUACCAAACUGGAGUAUCAUGGUGCGAAAAAUGAAAGCAAUUUAUCACACGAUGAAUCUAUUCAAUAUGGACGUGUCGAAAAAAUGUCUUAUCGGAGAAUGCUGGAUGCCUCUUUCCGAUCUCGCGACUGUGCAAAAUUGCCUCACGGAAGGAUCGGUUAGUGAAUAUUUAUAUCGACAAUGUGGGAGCUCCAUACCGUCUUUCCUCAACGUGAUCCACACGGAUGAAAAUCCCCCGACGUUCAAUAGGACGAACAAAUUUACGAGAGGCUUUCAAAAUCUAAUUGAUUCCUACGGUGUGGCGUCGUAUCGUGAAGCUAACCCGGCACUUUACACUAUCAUCACGUUUCCCUUUCUGUUCUCCGUUAUGUUCGGUGACGCUGGACAUGGACUGAUACUGAUGCUUUUUGGUCUCUCCAUGAUUUUGAUGGAGAAAAAGAUGAACCCGCAAAAUAUGGGCGAAAUCGGGACUAUGUUUUUCGGCGGUCGUUACAUCAUCCUCCUCAUGGGUUUGUUUUCCAUAUACAGUGGACUUAUCUACAACGACAUAUUUGCAAAGUCAGUUAACAUAUUCGGAUCUAGUUGGACGAUCAGGUAUUCACUUAAAGAUGUGAAACUUAACAAGACGCUAGAUUUGUCACCAAACUCGAACGAGAGCUACCUGCACUAUCCCUAUCCUCUGGGCAUAGACCCGGUCUGGUCUCUCGCAGAGAACAAAAUUGUAUUUCACAAUUCGUUUAAGAUGAAGAUGUCGAUUAUUCUUGGCGUCGUGCACAUGAUCUUCGGCGUCUGCAUGAACGUCGUCAAUAUAGUGUAUUUCAAGAAAUAUGCCAACUUGCUCCUCGAAUUUCUACCACAAUUGCUCUUCCUUAUUUUUCUAUUUUUCUACAUGGUUGUCCUGAUGUUUAUUAAAUGGGUUUUGUACGAGGCUUCAUCUCCAAUUCCAGGACGAACACCGGGUUGUGCGCCGUCGGUGUUAAUUACAUUUAUUAACAUGAUGCUUUUCAAAAGUGCCGCAAUGCCCGCGGGUUGUUCCGAGUUCAUGUUUGAGGGACAGAGUAUUUUACAAAAGGUUUUGCUUGGUCUCGCUGUUUUGUGCAUUCCGGUGAUGCUUUUCGGAAAACCAUUAUAUAUUGUAUUUUCAAAGAGAAAACGCCCAGGGAAGACUUACAGCAACGGAAGUGCAUCCCAGGAUAUCGAGCUGCAGAACCAAGAACUGCCGAACCCAGAGACUAGUAAGGAUACGGCGACAGAUCAUAACGAUGAUGACAGCUUUAGCGAGCUGAUGAUCCAUCAAAUCAUCCACACCAUAGAAUACGUUUUGUCUACCGUCUCUCACACUGCCUCUUAUCUACGUUUGUGGGCCCUAUCGUUGGCCCACUCUCAGUUAUCAGAAGUGCUCUGGAACAGAGUGCUGCGAAUAGGCUUAGGUGCUGAAGAAGAUAACUACGUCAACAGCAUUAUCCUGUUCGUCAUAUUUGCUGUCUGGGCCUUUUUCACCAUCGUCAUUCUCGUCUUGAUGGAGGGCCUCUCGGCGUUUCUUCAUACGCUUCGACUUCAUUGGGUCGAGUUCAUGAGUAAAUUCUACGAAGGCUUAGGACAACCCUUCCAACCAUUUUACUUCAAGAGUAUCUUAGAUGCUGAGGAUGCCGAAGAAUAGAUGCCGCCGCUAGUCUUCAUAGCAAUAAUAGAUACAUAGUGUUAUACUGAAUAUUAUGCGCGAAAAUUUCUUUAUUUUAAAUAUUUUUAUGUACACGCGAGGCCUUAUCUUGUUGCCUAGGAAAGUACAAGAAGGACCAAAUUGCCAUAGAUUGUUUUAAAUGAGUCUGACACCGUGCCUUCUUUAAUGAUUGAUUCGAUAAUCAUCGAUCAAGUGUCUAUGUACAUUGGCCGAAUAUGCGCGCAGUACUUGUAACAAGAGUUUUAAAGCAAUAUAUUUUUUCUCAAUACUUUUUACAUGUAGAUAACAAUGCCGGUCGACAAAUCGGAGCGCAUUAGUUUACUUUAGAUAUUCAUUUUCAGAUUUUUGUGUUAUUUAAUCCGCCGAAUAAAUUAAUAAAGAAACUCAUUCGUGGAGCUUUUCCGGCUUUAAAUUUUGUCACUAGUAAAUUUGUACUGAUUUUUAUGUGCAUGUAUAUAAUUCUUUUAAAUUACAGUUUAAUAUUUUAAUAUAUAUUUUAGAAAGUGCAACAGCGUUCAGCGCUUGGUAAAACGAAUUCAAUUGGUGUAUCAAUUAUUUCAUUCAGGAUAAGAUUCGCGAGCAGAGCUAAUUUUACUCCAACCGUAAAAUGGCUGUGAUCGCGUUAUUAUUUCAACGGAAGCGGAAAAGGAUUAUAAAAGAUGCAUGUGAUUUAGUAACUACGCUGCUGCUGAUGCUGCCGAGUGCGCAUUAUAUUCAUUCCAUUAAUUACCUAGUAACGUGGACAUGCCAUAGUCGAUGUAGCUUGUCAUUAAGCACGUCACGUUGUAAUAUUUCAUAAUGUGCUUAUAGCCGGUCUCCGCGCAGAAAAGCGGCGAUCAGACUCGUUGUAAUUACAGUGCUACGAUAAAGAAAUCAGACGAUUCGAAUCGCGUGCCAUGCGCGUCGCGCAACCUGAUCGAUGCUCGACGAAGUGAGACGAGCGGCGAAUGUACAUUCUUGUAUUACUAAAGUACAAAAACUCCCGAGUGAUUGGUAACCAAAGGGGUAUUCAAACACGCGCGAAGUUACCAUUACGACUGUAUCCACCAUAGGUAUUAAUGCGACGUCGAAAAGAGAGCGACGUGUACACACUUGUAUGAGAGAUAGAAUUACUGCACCAAUCAAUGAACAAAUAAAAACAACUUGGUGUAAUUAAACUUUCAAGCAAUGAUAUUCUAAUUAAAUCUAUUUAAAAAUUUAAAUAAAUGUGAUCUAAAAAACAUCAAUUGAUUUGCAAUUUAUUAUUUUUCUUAAAUGGCUAUUAACUGGUGAUUGCUUCAAUGACUGGUGCAGCAACCCUAUUCUCGAGGUCCCAAUCUUAAUAACAGAUCCCUCGAUAUUAUGAUUUUUCUACCGUUCUUCCACGUUACGUUAAACAUUUUCAGCCUGCAUAAACAGAGUUUAAAAUAAAGCUUUUCUUGUGAAAUUUAUGUACAACUAGACAAAACAAGUGCGCGCUACAAAACCUUUAAUAUUAUAUAAUUUUAUACAAAUUACAAAUUGAAUAUUACACUGUUAACCCCUCAAUACACGUAGUCAAAAUACGCGAUGUCCGCGAUGACAGCUGUUCACGAAGUAAGCGCUGAAUGAGAACCAAUUAGUACCACGGAAAAUCGACAACAAUAAACUUCGAGAGAUUCAAGUAUCAACACUUUUUCAGAUAUAAUGAUGAUAAUGAUUUAACGUUUAACGAAAUCUGUUCAGACAUUCGCAUUGGGCUUUGCUUUUUGCAAAGCUAAUUAAUUAUUUAAACUUAAUGUUAGAACGUUGUGGUCAGGGAUAACCGUUAAAAAUUUUUCUUAAGAAAAAAAUCAUUUAAUUUUUUGUAAGGAAAGAUGGUAAUUUUCAGUUUAACUUGUAAAUUUUGUUAAAAUUAAGAUUGAGACCUCUGGGAUAAAAUUUGUGUAUAUAGAUAAAUAUUCAAUAUAUAUUUUAUCAAUGUGUUAAAAUAAAUUGAUGAUUCUCGCAUA